AUGGAACCCUACCACCAACUUCUAAACCCUCCAAACCCCAUUUUUCUCUCGCAGACUCAACCUUUACUCUCUUGUCGCCUUCCUCUGCAUCGUCUCUUACCUCGUUGGAGCCUAUCAACCAGGCGGCUUGCUUACCACUUCCGCCUCGCCGCCGCCACUACCAUCGCUGCCCUCCGAAGUACUCCAUGUUUCCCCAAGCACAAUACCCUCAGCUUCCAUUCCCUCCACAACGCCUCGCUUCCGACAUCGGAACCAGCCAAGCACUACCCUCGCUGCGGCGUCGAGUACAGCGAGUACACGCCGUGCGAGGAUCGCGAAAGGUCGUUGAACUACUCAAGGAGCAGGAUGAUUUAUAGAGAGAGGCAUUGCCCGGAGAAGAAGGAGUUGCUUAAGUGUCGUAUUCCUGCGCCGUUUGGGUAUAAGAUUCCGUUUCCCUGGCCGGAGAGCCGUGACGUGGUUUGGUACGCUAAUGUGCAUCACAGGGAGCUGACGGUGGAGAAGGCGGGCAGAAUGGGUCCAGUACGAGGGUGA